AUGCCCUCCUGGGCCCUCUUCAUGGUUACCUCCUGCUUCCUCCUGGCCCCCCAAUCCCUGGCACAAGUCACCAGCCAAGAUGUCUCCUUGCUGGCCUCAGACUCAGAGACCCUGAACUGUUUCUCCCGAACAUUUGAAGACCUCACUUGCUUCUGGGAUGAGGAAGAGGCAGAGCCCAAUGGCACCUACCAGCUGCUCUACGCCUACUCAGGGGAGAAGCCCCGUGCCUGCCCCCUGAGCUCCCAGAGCAUGCCCCCCUUCGGAACCCGAUAUGUGUGCCAGUUUCCAGCCCAGGAUGAAGUACGCCUCUUCUUUCCACUGCACCUCUGGGUGAAGAAUGUGUUCCUGAACCAGACUCAGACUCAGCGAGUGCUCUUUGUGGACAGUGUGGGACUACCAGCUCCUCCCAAUAUCAUCAAGGCCAAAGGUGGCAGCCAGCCAGGGGAACUUCAGUUCAGCUGGGAGGCCCCAGCUCCUGAAAUCAAUGAUUUCCUGAGGUACGAGCUCCGCUAUGGCCCCAAGGAUCCCAAGAACUCCACUGGUCCCACAGUCAUGCAGCUGAUCUCCACAGAAACCUGCUGCCCCGCUCUACGGAGGCCAAACUCAGCCCCUACUCUGGACCAGCCUCCAUGUAUUCAGCACACAGUGCCUCAACAGGAUGGAGCAAAGCAGACCUUCCCAACUAGAGAAGCUCCAUCUCUGACAGUGAUGGGUGGAAGCUGCCUCAUCUCAGGGCUCCAGCCUGGCAACUCCUACUGGCUCCAGCUGCGUAGCCAACCUGAUGGGGUCUCCCUUCGUGGCUCCUGGGGAUCCUGGUCCUUCCCUGUGACUACAGACCUGCCUAGGGAUGCAGUGGCAAUUGGAUUGCAAUGCUUUACCCUGGACUUGAAGAAUGUUACCUGUCAGUGGCAGAAACAGGACCAUGCUAGCUCCCAAGGCUUCUUCUACCACAGCAGGGCACGGUGCUGCCCCAGAGAAAGGUGA